AUGAUCUUCUGGUUUUCCGGCACCGGAAAUGCGCGACCCUUCGACCACCCUCGAGAAGAGUGUGGCGUUGUGGGCGUGUAUUCGCCCGGCGGCCGUUCGGCUCCGACCACGGCGAUAGGACUUUUCGCGCUGCAGCACCGAGGGCAGGAAUCGGCCGGGGUUGCCGUUUCAGACGAAGGCUCCCUGCGGGUACAUACCGGGAUGGGCCUGGUGUCCGAAGCCUUCUCCGACGUAGACCUGGACGAUAUGCCCGGCGAACUCAGCAUCGGGCACACGCGCUAUUCGACCACGGGCUCGAGCGACGCCCGCAACGCGCAACCCCUGAAGGUGGACGGAUUGAAUGGUCCGCUGGUGGUGGCCCACAACGGCAACAUCAUCAAUGCCGUUCAAUUGCGCGAACAGGCAGAGAAUCGCUGGGGUUGCGAGUUUGCAACUACCACCGACACAGAAGUGGUGGCGCACCUGUUGGCCAACGCCCCGGGCGCGACGUGGGCGGAGCGGCUGUUUUACGGUAUGCGCAUCAUGCAGGGCGCAUUCUCACUGUCCAUCCUUACGCCAGACUCGCUGAUCGCGGCCCGCGAUCCACUGGGCAUCCGGCCGUUGUGUCUCGGCCGUCUCGAAGACGGUUGGGUGGUGGCCUCAGAAACGUGCGCUCUGGAUCACAUGCAGGCCGAAUUCGUACGCGAACUGGAACCCGGCGAGGUCCUGGUUGUCGAUCAUAGUGGGAUCACCUCCGAGGUUUUCAGUGGAUCCGCCCGCCGCGGUCGCGCCCUUUGCGUUUUCGAGUGGAUUUACUUCGCUCGCCCGGAUAGCAUCAUGGACGGCCAAUUGAUGCACAGCGCCCGUGAAGAGAUGGGAGCGCGGUUGGCGAAAGAACACCCCGCGGAAGCUGAUCUGGUGAUCGGGAUACCGGAUUCUUCUACGUCGGCGGCGGUGGGAUAUUCCCGUGAGUCGGGUAUACCUUUUGCCAACGGGCUGGUGCGUAACCGCUACGUGGGUCGCACGUUCAUCGAGCCCGAGCAACAGCGGCGGGACCGUGGCGUCCGCCAAAAGUUCAACCCCAUGCCGUCCAUAUUGCGCGGCAAACGGCUGGUGGUGGUCGACGAUAGCAUCGUGAGGGGCACGACGACUCCGCAUGUGGUGGAGCUGCUCCGCCGGGCCGGCGCCAGCGAGGUGCAUUUGCGGGUUUGUGCGCCCCCGAUCAGGCACCCCUGCUAUUUGGGCGUGGAUAUGGCGACCCGGGAUGAGUUGAUCGCGGCCAAACACAGCAUCGACGAGAUUCGCCAAAUCACCGGCGCGGACAGCCUUGGGUAUUUGAGCGUCGACGGUUUGCUAGGUCUGGUGCGAGGUCAACAGGGGGGGUUCUGCGACGCCUGCUUCACGGGGAACUAUCCGGUUCCGGUGCAACUGGAUCUGGGGAAAAUGUCGCUGGACCGCACCGGUUCCUGA